AUGGCCGCCGACGACCUGCUGUUGAUCUUGAUGCCCUGGAUUCCAGAUCCAGCCUGGGUCGUCAGUCUGGGAAUGCCAGUUGAGUUCCGUCAGAUGGGAACGUACCAAACAGAGAUUCCAGAAGACAUUAGUGCAGAGACAUGGGCGAAAGUAACGGUUUUAUUCACAUGGAAGGCAUUCCCAACCAAAGAGAUGGUACCAAAAUUACAGUAUGUGCAGCUUCUGAGUGCUGGUUGCAAUCAGAUCUUCGGACUGCCGGUCUUUGAGGAUACAAGUAUCGAUUUUUGCACAUCCAAUGGCGUACACCCGCCUCAAAUUGCCGAGUGGGUCUUUUCGACCUUCCUGGCCUUCCAGCAUCACGUUCCCGAGUACCUCGAGCUCCAAAAGGAGUCCAAAUGGGUCGACCCUCCAUCAGACGAAGACACUGAAGAUGCAGUGGGAAUUCUUGGCUACGGUUGUGUAGGCCGUCAAGUCGCACACGUAGCAAAGGCAUUCGGCAUGAACGUUCACGCCUACACCCUACACCCCCGUCUCACGCCUGAAUCCCGCAAGGAUGACUCUUUUACAGAGCCUGGGCUAGGAGACCCGAAUGGCGAGUAUCCAGAGAAAUGGUUCUAUGGAAAGGAGCAACUCAACGAAUUCCUCGCAUCCAAUCUCGAUUUGCUAGUCAUCACGCUACCCCUGACGGCUCAAACCCAGGGCAUGAUUUCUGCAGAGCAGUUCCGUUUGUUGAGCAGGAAAAAAGCUUACGUUUCCAAUGCAGGAAGAGGCGCUGUCAUCAACACUGACGCCCUUGUCGCUGCGCUUGAUGAGGGUCUGAUCAGGGGCGCAGCGUUGGAUGUUACAGACCCGGAGCCUCUCCCAGCUAGCCAUAAGCUGUGGAAGUAUAAGAAUGUUAUCAUAACGCCACACUGCGCGGGCAACUCAAACCAUUAUUACGAAAGAGUGCGUAAGAUCUUGGUGUACAACUUGGAGAGACGCGCGCGGGGGCAGAAGCUUGUCAACGUAGUUAAUAGGUCAGAAAGAUACUAG